CAUGAUUUUAAAUAACUCUGUUUAGGUAAUCCCGCACCGGGAUAACUUUGACUUCCUUGACAUACUAUUUGAGCAUAUAUCCCUAACAUGAAUACAGAUCUUUUUGAAGAAUCAAUGCAUGGAAACAUUAGUGAAGUGGAAUCGCUACUACAGAACGGUGCAAAUCCAAAUCAUUUCUCUGCAAAUGGCUUUACAGCGCUUCACACUGCUUCUGAACAUAAUCAUGGAGAUGUUGUCCAAAUGCUUCUUGAAAACGGUGCCGAACCAAAUGUUGUGUCAACCGAUGCAAACAAAAUAACCCCGCUUGGGUUUGCCUGUAACAAGGGAAAUAUUGACAUUGUUUCAAGACUUCUUAGAUACUCGGCUGAUGUCAAUCUUUGCGAUGAAAAAAGUAUCAGUCCUUUAUAUGCAGCCUCUCGUAGUGGUUAUUUUGAAAUAGCAAAACUUCUUAUUCAAAGUCGAGCCGACGUACACACAGCCACGAUAGAGGGAUUUAAAGCCCUACAUACAGCUUCAGAAUUUGGUCAUGUUGACAUUGUCAAUUUGCUGUUGAAUAACGGAGCUGCAGCGAAUGAAAGUUUAAACAACAAUGUAUCACCGCUUUAUUUUUCCUCAGCAAAUGGACAUUUUGAAACAGCGAAGCUUCUUAUACAGUUCGGUGCUAAUGUAAAUGAACGUUCGUCUAAAUUAUUUACCGCUCUUCACACUGCAUCAGCAAAAGGUCACAUUGCUAUCGUAAGAAUUCUACUAGAAAAUGGAGCGAACCCAAAUAUACUGUCCGCAUGUACAAAUAGAACAUCACCACUUCAUUUAGCUUGCAGUAAUGGCCACAAAAACAUCGUUGAAGUUUUGUUAAAAUACGAAGCUAAUAUAAACACUUCAACCGCACAGUGUGUAUCGCCUUUAUAUACGGCUUCCCAAAAUGGUCACGCAGAAAUAGUUGAAUAUCUUUUGCAAAAUAGAGCAGACGUUAAAAGACGUUGUGUAAAUGGAAAUACUGCUCUUCAUACAGCUUCUGAAAGGGGUCAUUUGAGUAUUGUAAAUACUCUUCUGGAAAACGGUAGCGAAAUAAACUUUCAAUCAAGUUCUGGAUCCACACCACUUUAUUAUGCGUCGUCCAACGGAAGACUUGAAACCGUCAGUCGACUCAUUCAGCUUGGUGCUGACAUAAAUAAAUCCACUGUGACAGGAUGCAGUCCUUUUCAUGGCGCAGCUGACCACGGACAUGAGGCUGUUAUUUCUAUUCUUCUCACUAAUGGUGCAGAUGUAAAUCUACAGGAUGAGGCUGGACUAACUGCAUUGUUCUUUGCUGCUCGUAAACCUCACAUCGAAAUCGUUAACAUUUUACUUCGAUACAAUGCAGACGUCAAUUUGUGCACUAUCCAAGAUUUUAGUCCUUUGCAUACUGCAUCGGAACUUGGUCAUUUAAACGUUGUUCGAGCUCUUAUCCAAAAAGGGGCAAAUGUGAAUCAUCAAUCAAACACAGGUAUCACUUCAUUAUACUUUGCAUCAUCAAAAGGACGGAGUAAUAUUGCCAAGUAUUUACUUAGGAAUGGGGCCGACCUUAAUAUUUACACAGUACAGGGAUUCAGUCCACUGCAUACUGCCUGCGAACAAGGUCAAAUAGAAGUAGUGAAAGUUCUAUUAAAACACAGCGCAGACCCAUUUCAUUGUACAAAUGGAGGUGAAAAUGCCUUCACCUUUACAUUAAGGAAACAACAUUUUCUUGUAUUACUGCCAUUAAUACAAAACUGUGCUUUGAGUAGAAAAUUUAUUUUCCUUGCGUUAGCUGGAUUUAUUUCGUUGAUACUGGCCUUUUUGUAUGAAUAGACGAAUAAGUAUAUCAUACACAUAUUAUCAAAAUCAAAAACAUUGUAAAUGUUUAUAUUUAUGUUUACUGGUAUUCUUAUGUUUUAUUUGAUAACUGUUUUAUCGUGUAGGGAAAGCAGUAGUACUUAUUCAUCCCUUGGCUCAAUACUAACACUUUCUAAAUUUUACACGUUUCAUGAUAAAAAGCAGUACAAAACAGUUAUGCAGACUAUUAGUACUUUAUCAUUCUGUUUUGGAGUUAAAGUCAGAUAAUGGUAUGGUAAUUUUCAAACGGACAUUGUUAAUAGUAUCCUUAACAUUUUUCAUUUUACAUCACAUUUAUGAAUAUUUAUAAGCCUUUUAUAAAGAUUCUCAUGAUUUGUUUUUUUUCUUGCGUUUAAAAUUCGUAUUGUAAAUAUGAACAUUGCAGUUAUUUAUUGAAGAAUAAAUAUUCACAUGAUACCAAUA